AUGACGCGCGAUCUGACAACACGAAAUGACCUGAAAGAGAUCGUUGACAAGUACGACACGAUCUUGUUUGAGUAAGCUCGGCCUCUGCCUCUUUUGCGCUCGCGACAGCUUGUUCGAUGGCGUGGUCUCGCUUGGUCAGGCCGACAUGGACAAGUCCAAAGGGUAGACGAGGCGAUGAAGUGAGGGAAGCUAUCUUGCACGAACUAACAUUCGCCGGUCCACGCCUAUCCAUAGCUGCGAUGGAGUGAUCUGGGAGCACCUCGACCAAAUCUCCACCGGCGAUUACGACGAUGCGAUCGUACGCGCCGAAGGUGAAGAGCGGACUACCAUGUUUCUCUGGCACCUCGUCAUCGUGGUGGAAGAAGCAGUUGGGUCACGUCGGCCGACGAAUUCGAUGAUUCGCGCCAAGUCGUCGUUCAACUUGACGAGUCCGAGUCGGGCCUGGCGGACGAGUCGGACGAGUCAUACUCGGCGGCGGAUGAAGGUUAGUGCUUUGUUGUUGUGACCGUUUCAGUACAUUAACUUCCACUAAGUCUUUGAAGCUGGAAAUUCUUCGAGAUCCUAUAGAAGUAAUCGAUGAGGAGGAUACCGACGCCCGAGGCGCGCAAGAUGACCUAGGCGACGAUGAAGUGGAAGGUGAGUUGAUUGGGAUGUACGAAUAUGACGAAGGUCAUUUUUUCAAGAGUAUUUAUUCCGACUCUUGAUCUACCGGAAAGAACUAGCGACACGCGAGAGAAAGAAGAGAGCGGAGCAAGAUAAGCGCGACGAGAAGAAGUUGCGCAAGACGACCGCUCGGAGGGGGAGGAGGACUCGCCGUACGACGUCACCUCGUCAUCAGCUGGCUGCGGUGGAACGUAAGACGACGAUUAAAAAGAAGACUACUACGGGGGCUCGUCGGACGACGGUCGAUCGGCGGAAAACGGUGGCGCCUCGCGCGACGACAAAAACGCGCAGUCCGAGAAUCAGGACCAACACUCGAGCUCGGACGGAUGGCGUACGGAAUCCCACGACCACUCCCCGGCGAACGACAACUACCUCUCGACGCCCGACGACGACGACACCCAGGAGAACUACGACUACUUCUCGGCGCCCAACGACGACGACGCCCAGGAGAACUACGACUCCUUCUCGGCGCCCAGUGACGACGAGCAGUCGACGGCCAACGACGACAUCCAUUCGCCCACCGACCCCUGCACCGACGACAACGAAGCGUGCAACGACCUCGAGUUCGACCAUUAAAUCCAAGUCGACCACCUCUUCUGCUACGCGGUCAAAGACGACAACCACUAAGCCUGUGUUGACGACAACGUCAUCAAGUGCCCCAAAGACGACAUCGACCACCUCGUCAUCAUCUACCUUUUCGAAGUCGACGACUUCCACCCCGACCACAACUUCUGGUCUGCCCGCUUUUACGCAGGGCGUCGGCAAUUCGUCCUCCGGCACCAAUUCAACCCUCCCUGGCCCGGGCAAGGUGACGCUCAACUGCACGACCAUCAUCACCUUUGUCAACAACACCACACCUGUUUCGAAUGCGACCCUGGCCCCAAAUGGAACGGCGAUGAAUGGGACUGAUGUCAACCCCGUCGGUGCAAACGUGACGGUGUGCGUGCCGAUCACGAACACCACUACGAACGCAACCAUCCCACCCGUCGUGGUUCCGAGGUACCCUUGCAACUCGACGAACAGAGUACCAUCCGGCUUCGAUGGGACCGCUGUUGGAUUCACCAUGACCUGCAAAGCACGGUACUGCGACCCCAACGACCGAUACGUGGAUACGAUUUGGGGUGGUACCGAUGGCAACGUAACACGAUUGGAGAUUGAAAGUGCUCUUGGCCUACUGGCCAAGAUCCCGCCCGUACUGGCCAACGGAAUCGGCAAUGUGCUCGCAAAUGGGUACCUCGGUGAAGCCUCCAGGGCGGCAGGGCAGAUGUACCAGGUCACAGGAGACCGACGUGCUUUGGACUUGGCGUUGCAGAUGGCCGAAAAGUAAGCUGGCAACCUCGGAUGAGUCGCGGAAAUACUCGUGCUGAUGUUCUGAUUUUCGUCGGUCGCAGCAUACAUUUCCUUCAGAAUGAUCCCGUGAACGGUACGGUGAUGUGGACCGGUCUCCGUGACCCCGUCUGGCCUACAGGUGUACGUACCACUUUUCCCGACCCUGUGAUUGUGCGCAGCGAUUUCGAUCGCCAAUUUCUACACGUGCUCCCGGCUCACGCUGAAACAUCCUCCUCCUCUAUCAUUCCAGCCCCCCACGCCUAAUAACAAAGCCAAGUUGCAAUAUGCUGGCAGUGAGAAUGGCUACAUUGUUGCGAACAUGUCAGUUCUGUUACAUGACAUAAUCUGUGCACGACUUACAAGAGACUGAUCAAGUCGUUUGGUGGCUGCUUGUUGUUCAUAGGAUCCUUCCGGCCCUGUACAUUCUCAAACAGCCGUGCCUUUGGGACAUGACACCCACUCGAGUCGGUGGAUGGACAGGCCCAUCAAAGUUCAACCCGUUUGGUCUGUCAGAAGAUGAAGAUGCAUGGCACCGGUUUUGCCGGUCGGAUCCACAACUUAAAUGUGCCUGACCGGCCAAUGCGGGAAGUUGGCCUAGACUUUGUCGGGCCACUUAUACCUAGCAACGGUAAUGACGCACUGCUUACGGUAACAGAUCGCCUCUCCGGCUACGUCCGCAUCAUUCCCUGCCGUACAACGGACGACGCCGCCGCAACAGCCGACCGGUUCUUCAAUGGAUGGCACCGAUACUUCGGCAUGCCACGGGUAUUGGUGUCAGAUCGCGACAAGCUCUUCACCAGCGAAUUCUGGCGCGCGUACACAGGCAGGAUGGGGACGAAAUUGGCAAUGUCGACGGCGUUUCACCCGCAAACGGAUGGACGAAGCGAGCGAACGAACCGAACAGUGAUUCAAGUCCUACGAACGAUGGUCAACCGCCGACAGAACGACUGGUCCAAACACCUGGCAACCGUAGAGUUUGUGAUCAACUCGAGCGUGAACAGGUCCACGGGAAAGACACCAUUUGAAGUGGUACUUGGGUUCACACCGGAACUGACACCGAUUGCCCCAGUGUAUGGCUCAACCGUGUCUCAGGCAGUCGAAUCCAUUAUGGAACAGCGUGAAACGGUGAUUGCAGAAGCUCGGGACACCCUGGCAAUUGCGAAGAUUCGACAGGCCAACCAGAGCAACAAGGCGCGGAAAUCGGAGCCGGAGUUCGCAGUCGGCGACAAGGUCUUGGUUGACUCUCGGGAUCGACGACUACGAUACAAAGCCGACGGGGAAGCACGCUCAGCCAAGUUUUUCCCAAGGUUUGAUGGUCCCUAUGAGGUCCUUGCAGCUCGCCCAGAGACGUCGAACUACAAGCUGAAGCUGAACGCGGGAGACAAGUCACACAACGUUUUCCACGCGUCCAAGCUGCGACGUUGGACGGACAAUGACGGAGCGGCAUUCCCGGAGAUCUCGACCCCACUCGUUCGUCCGCGUUGGCGUUUUUCCGAGCAAGGCUUGCAAUCGCAAAGGGGCUGA